ACACACACACACACACACACACACACACAAACACACACACCUGUACCAAAAUGUUUUGAAGCAGAUGUAUUCAGUUGUUGUUUUGGUUUUUGAGGUUCACCUAUUUGUGUUUGCAGACUGACCUAACAUGUGUCUCAUUUCCCCCUAGAUUAUAUUUGGAGACCUGACCAAGUUCAUGUGGCUGAGUUUCAUUGUGCUCAUUGGUUUUUCCACCUCCCUGUGGAUGGUGUACAUGACCCAGGAUCCUGGUUCCAUUCCUGCAUAUCGCUCUUUUCCCAUCACCCUCUUCUCCCAGUUUGAGCUCAGUGUGGGCCUCAUAGAUCUGCCUGUGGACCACACCAUCACUACCCACCCGAUCGUCCACGUGCUGCACUGCGCCUUCUCUGUUGUCUCCUACAUCCUUCUGCUAAAUCUACUGAUAGCCAUGAUGAGUGACACACACUGGAGAGUGGCCCAGGAAAGAGAUGAGCUCUGGAGGACUCAGGUGGUGGCUACAACUCUGAUGCUGGAGAGGAGGCUGCCCCGCUGCCUGUGGCCUCGACUUGGGGUGUGUGGGCUCAAGUACGGUCUGAGGGAGUGCUGGUAUCUCAGGGUUGAGGACAGAAACGACCCAAUGUUGCAAAAGAUGCGACGUUACGUCAAGGCUUUCUCUAAAGACGAGGAAAAGGAAAAGGAGGGUUUGGAGAAGACUGACAUGAUAAAGGGGUCCAUAUCAGGAACCCCCAAGCUCAGACCUAAAAACAAUGUGAGGUCUCUGACAGGGUGGCAGAUGAUUCGCCACAGCGCUUUAGGUUUGGAGAUGGAGCAGGAAGAGCCAGAGGAGGAUCAGGAAAUUAAAUAUGUUUAGGAAGAGAUUCUGCCUGAGCCUGAAGAGUAUUUUCUGAGGCCUUCCUUCAUCUUACAGUCCUGAACAUAUUGAGUACACAGUAAAGUGUCUAUUAACAUACUUGCAGGACGAGAACUCAACCAACCAAAUCUGUCUAUACAUUCAACUGUGCAAUUAUUCCAGCAGUAUUAUGCUUUAGAAAAGAGUGUGUUAUUUUUUUAUAUAAAACAGUAGCAGCAGUAGUAGUAGUAGUAGAAUAGUAUAAAACUAUAGCAGUAAUAUUUGCUGAGCUAAAAUAAAGUGAAACAGACAUUCAACUUAUGUAUUUGUAUGAACGUUUUUUAUAUUGGAAUAAAAUAUUGUUGAAACAAA